UUGCAGAUCUCCACUAGUUUCUAAUAAUGGCUGCUGAUGUUUAUAAGAAGAAGGGUGAUGUGCCGAAUGGGUCCUUGGUCCCAAAAGAUGGACAGCAGUCUGAGAGGUCAGAGAGUCCAACCCCAGGAUUGACCCAGGGAACAGAACCAGGGGCAGGCCAAGAGGGAGCCAUAUUUGUUCACACCAAGUCAUAUGAGGACCUAACCAGUACAGACAAUCCAGAAUCAGCCCCCAAGAGCCCAGAUGAGAGGGAAGAGCCUCAACGAGAUGAGAUCAAGAUGGAAGAGAUCAGCAAGGAUUUCAGUGAGCUAAGCACACAACUUACUGGUAUAGCAUUGGAUCUGGAAGAAGAGAUAAGGCAGAACAAUGAGGGCAAGUUGGAACUUUCACCACAAGCUUCACGUCGGGAUUCAGUCCUAUCAGGAAAAGAAGAAGAAGACAUAACUAUGGAAGCCUGGCGCAUGCACCAGAAGCAUAUCUUUGUUCUAAGUGAGGCAGGCAAGCCAGUAUACUCACGCUAUGGGUGUGAAGAGGCUUUGUCAAGUACCAUGGGAGUAAUGAUGGCUCUAGUCUCCUUUGUAGAAGCAGAGAAGAAUGCCAUCAGAUCUAUUCAUGCAGAUGGAUACAAAGUGGUCUUUGUGCGCAAGAGUCCCCUGGUGCUUGUUGCGGUGGCUCAGACUCGUCAGUCAGAGCAAGAAAUUGCUCAAGAACUCCUUUAUAUCUAUUACCAGAUUGUCAGUCUCUUGACAUUGACUCAGCUUAACCACAUCUUCCAACAGAAGCAGAACUAUGAUCUAAGGAGACUGCUAGCAGGCUCUGAGCGUAUAACUGACAACUUGGUAGACCUGAUGGCUAGAGACCCCAGUUUUCUCAUGGGGGCAGCACGUUGCCUGCCUAUGGCUGCUGGAGUCAGGGAUGUGGUGAGUGCUUGCCUCCAACAAGCCAAAGCUAAAAGCCUGGUAUUUGCCAUCUUAUUGUCAAAGAACCAAUUAGUAUCUCUCGUGAGGAAAAAGGACCAAUUCCUACAUCCAAUAGAUCUCCAUUUACUCUUUAAUCUCAUUAGCUCAUCCUCCUCAUUUAGAGAAGGAGAAGCUUGGACUCCAAUAUGUCUUCCCAAGUUCAAUUCCAAUGGUUUCUUCCAUGCUCACAUUUCUUAUUUAGAACCAAACAUUGACUUGUGCCUUCUCCUGAUUUCUACUGACCGUGAGGACUUCUUUACUGUAUCUCACUGCAAGCAAAGGUUCCAAGAACGCCUAAAGAAGCGUGGUGUUCAUCAUGCUCUCUUGGAAGCACUGCGUACUCCUUUCUAUAGUGUCUCCCAAGUGGGAAUCCCAGACCUUCGACAUUUCAUCUACAAAUCUAAGAGUUCAGGACUUUUUACCAGCCCAGAGAUUGAAGCUCCCUACAUCACUGAGGAGGAAAAAGAAAGACUUCUGGAAUUGUAUCAGUACUUACAUAGCCGAGCUCACAAUUCCUCCCAUCCUCUAAAUAACAUCUAUUAUACUGGAUCAAAUGAAAAUCUCCUGGCUUGGGUGACUAGUGCUUUUGAACUCUACGUAUGUUUCAGCCCCCUGGGUACCAAAGCAGCAGCUGUCAGCGCUGUCAACAAGCUGAUGAAGUGGAUCCGUAAGGAAGAGGACCGGCUCUUUAUAUUGACACCCCAGACAUACUGACUGUUGUGACCUGGGCUGCCUGCCUCAUGAUUACUGAACACUCCAGAACAUCUUCUCGUCUCUGGUGGGACUAGACAUAGUCUCUCUCCCUCCUUCUCCAGUCUCUCUCUCUCUCUCUCUCUCUCAGAGAGAUUCCCUCCCCAUAAUGAAUAUGUGGAGGGAGAGGGAGAGGGAGAGGGAGAGGGAGAGGGAGAGGGAGUUCUCUGGGUAGCAAAGCCUUUGGCUCACAUGGUGCACAGGGAUAUCUGAGGAGUCCAACAUUUCAAGGUCUGCGCUAGUUUUUAGAUAUUGCAUCUAGAACUGGAAUAUAGGCCUCCUGCCAUCCUAUAAGCAUUGUUUGAAUCUGUUUCAGCCUAAAAAUAUGAUACCCUUUCUACCAUUUUCUGCAUCUUUUUGAGCCUGUGUUAAACAAAUCUUUACUUUUUCUCCAUAGCUGACUUUCUCUGCUUUUCAUCUUGGGGAGAGGCAAUGUUUUCUCACACUUUUGCUGAACAUGUGGCAGAGGUAUUAAGUUGCCCCAUCUCUCUUAAUCUUUACUAACUUCCUGGAUGUCAUCGCUCAUUUGCCUGAGGCACUUCCACUUAAAGACUCUGGAAUUCUACGUUCUUGUGACACUGACUCUAUUAGCAAGCAGAGCUAAUUUAUUUUUGAGGGGUAUUUGAAAUUUCAAGUCUUUUAUAUAUAUGUUCUGUGGAGCUUAUGGGUAAUCUACUUCUCCAUUUGCAUGAAUUCCUGCCUCAUCACCCUUUUUGGCCCAAGAUUUCAGGUCUUUCCUGGGGAAAGGUUGUUUGAUGGCUUAGUAGGUCCCUCAUAGGACUUUCCAUAUAUAGGACUAGACAAACACACAGAAUGUGAAGUAACUAUGUAGAUAGGGAGAGAGAAAACAUUUUUAUGUUCCUUUUACAGGAGUAUAAGAAAAAUGAAAAUCCCAAGGUUUUAUAUGACUCCAAAACAUUCAGCAGUAUUUUUUACUCUUUACUCUAAGAAGGUUGAGCUCAGCACAUUUGAAGAAGUUUACAGAUUGUCUUCAAAGUGCUUCUGAAGGACUGAGGAGUUGAAGCAAAGGCAAUGUAGAAGUGUUCUCAAUUAAAGGCAGCCAGACCCCCCAACUAAUGGCAUGAACCUAGUAGUCUGGAAAAUAUUUUAUAAAUUGUAUUCGUUCUUCCCUGUGAGUUUCUCCCUAGAACACACUUAUCCAAUGCUUGUUUUCAGCUGGACCAAAUUCCUGAUUUGCGGAGUCCUGAUGAAACCAUGUCUAUGUUGUUAUAGGCCAUGUAUUCCCUUUAUUUAGCAACAAAGAAAACAUAGCCUAGCAAUUGUUUGGGCAACAAGAGUUUCUUAACCCCUGCAACUUUAGGAUGUGUGGACUUCAUCUUCCAGAAUUCCCAAGCUAGGAUGCUGGCUGGGGGACGCUGGGUGUUGAAACCCAGACAUCUUAAAGUUGGUGAGAUUGAGAAACACCAGCUAGACCUCCACAUUAAUGCUAUAAUAGGUUAUUCCAAUUCAUGCUGAUAUAUCUGUUCCAGGAAUAAGAUGGCAUUGUGAAAGUGGGCACCCUAAGGUAGAGAUUUAUGCUUACAGCCCAUUAUUUAAUUAAUUAAUUAUAGGAAAUUUGAAUACAGUAACGAAGGUCUGGGCCCAUAGAAAGCUAGUUUUUCAUAUGGGAUCUUUUUGAUACAAUACUGAAAUGGUGCAACUUCAGAAAUAAGUUUGCCAUUAUCAUGUCAUUUGGGCUUAAGACUUAGCCUUCUCAGAAUGAAAUUUUCAACUUCAAUAUGUAAUAUAUGUACAUAAGCAGAGAUGAAAAGGUAUAUGGGGUUUUUUGAAUGUUAGAAAAGUUCCUAACAAUAAGAGCAGUUUGACAGUGGAACCAGUUACUAAGAAAGAUGGUGUGCUCUCCUUCACUGGAUGUAUUCAAGGGGAAGCUAGACAGCUGUCUAUUGGGGUUACUUUAUUUGGAUUCGCACCUCGAAGGGUUGAACUAAAGGUCUUAAAUGGUCUUUUCCAACUCUUACAUCUAUAUGAGUUUGUGUGUUGGGGGCAGAGGGAGGGGAGAAAAAAUGAUCACCAAUGUAAUGAUAGAGUCCUUCCAGAUAGGGCUGUAGAUCCAUCAACAGGGCAAGAUAACCCCACCUGUCACACCCUACAUUCUUGCAUGUGUUCAACUAUGCCAGAUCUCUGAUUCUACUUGCUUUAGUUGCACAUUGAGAGGCUAAAUGAAAUUGGGACCCAGUGUAAUUGCACAUGUCCACUGAUGGUGUCAUGGGGAUCAUUCUGCUCCAUUCUUGGGUCUGUACUUUCAUCUGGAAAAGGCUAUAUGGUGUAAUUCAGAAAAACAAACAAACAAACAAUUUUUGACAGGUAAAAAUAUGAAAACCCAAUUGCCACAAGAUGGCAGCAGAAUAUCAGAUUUGUGAAGGAGGUUUCUUAUGGAUUAGUACAUAUUAAAAUAAAAAUCAUAGUAGAUCCAAAGUAAAUAUUAUUGUCAAAUGAAUUUUCAGUAUUUAUAACAUGGAUUCAGUGUUACAUCUACUGCUACACAUUUGAAUUUAAUAAAGAGUUAUAUGGGACCUUUCAGAUUAACAAAUUUACUAUAGCAUAAGAUUUCAUGACCCAGUACAACAAAUGAUAAAAACUGUACUGCGUGCUAUAAUAAAUUAAAGUGU